UCUCAAUCAGUCAGCGAAUGUGUUUCUCCCGGCGAGGUCGUUCCCGCACGCCGCUUCGCCAUUGAUAAGCCAGACAACGUGCUUCGCUAUAGUUCUUGGAAUGAAAGCAGCAGUACGAAGUGCGGUAAACUAGCGCAAGCGCAAUAAUGGUACUUGAACGGCUUUCCACUAUCUUGUCGGAACAGGCAAUCACGGCCAGUUUCAUAUACCUGCUGCAACACUUGUUUCUGUGGAUAUUGCUACCGUCUGAAGUACGUUACUACAGGCGGCAUCCGAUCGGAAGUAAACGACGCAGAAGUACUUCAGAUUUGUGUGUUUUGUCCGUGAAAAGUAUCUUGAAUACGGCGUUGAUAGUGUUUGUCGUUUUGGAUGUUGGACGCCCAGAGACACCCUUCUUAGUGCGAAUCUUUGAAGCGCUAUCAUACUUUAUAACGCUGACGUUGCUUCAUCUCGGCGAGCAAUACAAUGUACGCGAUCAGACGUUUCUGUUGUCGUUUUGGUCGUUGGAGCUGUUGGUGAACAUCAUUCGGAUUGUCGAUCAGCUGACGAUCGGGAGCAUAAUCUACGUGGGAGUUUUGCUCGCGCAUGUGCUCCUGAUCGCGUACUUAAGCCUGAUCAGGAGAGAUGAUGGUGAGGAUCGAGUCGAACCGAAUCUGAUUAGAGCAGUGUGCUUCAGUUGGUUUAGCGAUGUGAGCCGAAGUGUUCAUCGAUCGCACUUGGACCAGCUGGGGACGCUGGAGAGCAGUAUGCAGGGGGAACGUUUGAUCAGGAGCUUUACGAGGGGAACUCCGUCCAAGGGACAGUAUGAGAUGGUCUCCGGGAGGGAACCGGAAUUGGUGCAGGAGGUCACGAUGUGGAGUUUGCUGCGACCAUUUCGCUGGGAUUUAAUAUGCAGUGGAAUCAACCGUUUAGUCAUGACGAUGCUGUUCUUCAUCUGUCCUUUUCUCCUCAGACAAAUCCUUCGCAACGAUCGUCAAGCAACCUCAAACGAGAAGCCACUUCUACGUGAUUAGCAUUUUCCUCGUUUCAUUGCUGAUUUGCCGCUCUGAAUGGACAAUAUUCGUAUGACACGCAGAAGAUCGGCUUUAAAAAUCAAAUCAAUUCUGAUGAUCCUGAUCUACGAUAAACUUUGAAGCUGAAAACCCAAACGGCACCGAUAUAACCCUUUUGACGUUGGGACUCGUCCAGAUUCAUCGAAUUGCUGCCCAACUUGCAUCUGAGUAAUGGUCAGGGACCCGCUAAUUAUCGUCAUUUCCAUUACCGGUUUGGUAGCGAUAUUGGGCAGAUCGGCAUGGAUUGGCGUGCAGUGAUGUUCGUUACUAUUUAUUUAAC